UGCGAAUCUUCUGAAACACAUCCGUUCAUUCUUCAGUUCGCUGUAAACACUAGAACAGAGCAGACGUGAUAUUGAAGUUCUACGCAGCCUAAAUGGUUUCGUGACUCUACAAGGAAUUCCCUAUUUUACAGAGGGUGUACACUUUGAAUGUACACGUUGUACAAUUAGUGAACGAAUAUAGUGAGGUACAAGGAUGUACAUUACCGAUAUUCACGAUGACGAUUUUGAGAUUGCGAUUAAGAUUGUGAUCGUGGGUAAUGGCGCAGUUGGAAAAUCCUCCAUGAUCCAGAAAUAUUGUCGUGGAAUAUUUACAAGCGAAUAUAAGAAAACUAUAGGGGUAGACUUCCUGGAGAAACGUCUCAGUAUACAAGGAGAGGAUGUAAGAUUGAUGCUAUGGGAUACUGCGGGACAAGAAGAGUUUGAUUGUAUUACCAGAGCAUACUACAGAGGAGCGCAGGCGUGUGUAAUCACAUUUUCAACCACAGACAGAGACAGUUUUUACCAGGUCCGAAGAUGGAAGAAGAAGGUUGAGGAGGAGUGUGGAAGUAUACCAAUGGUUUUGGUUCAAAACAAAAUGGAUCUUCUUUAUAAUUCAGCUGUAGACAGUUUUGAAGUAGACCGUCUGGCAAAAAAUCUUGGAAUGCGUCUCAUCAAAACAUCCGUUAAAGAGAACCUGAAUGUGAAUAAGGUGUUCCAGUAUCUGGCGGACUGUCACCUCAACCUGCUGAGGAGGAACAACGAGGAGUACUCCUUGAUACAGAUUGGUGUUGGAGGUCUCACCAGUAUAUCACAAACAGAUUUUCUAAACAAGUAUGAAAGAAACUGGGAGCAGGAAAGAAGAAAAAGAUGGAAGAAGGAUAAGAGAGAUGAACUUCUUCAUCUUUGUGAUACAAGGGCAUUCUUCUUGUCUCCUCACAAGUCAAAAAACCAGCAUCAAACCAAACCAAAUAUCACAAAUCUGUGUAAACUACUGUAAUAAUUGCUGCGCUCACGUAAAGUACACCUCUUGCAUACAGAUAUCAUCAAGAUUAGUCAAUCAAUCGAUCAAUUAGCUGCGUCACAAAUUGGUUCUCUAAACGUAGUGUUUGUCAUUGCAUGGAUAAAAUGAGAAUUAUUUACACAAACAUAACUUGAAUCUAAUAAUAAAUAUUUCAAAAAGUAAAAUAUUGUCGGGUUGAUUUGCAAAGAUUAAAAUUCGUUUUCUAAAUACUUAUUCUAUUUAAUCUUUACUUUUAGAGUAACCAUUAGUCCAUUUUUCUAAAUACUUAUUCUCUUUAAUCUUUACUUCUAGAGUAACCAUCAGUCCAGUUUUCUAAAUACUUAUUCACUUUAAUCUUUACUUCCAGAGUAACCAUCAGUCCAGUUUUCUAAAUACUUAUUCUCUUUAAUCUUUACUUCUAAAGUAACCAUCAGUCCAGUUUUCUAAAUACUUAUUCACUUUAAUCUUUACUUCCAGAGUAACCAUCAGUCCAGUUUUCUAAAUACUUAUUCUCUUUAAUCUUUACUUCCAGAGUAACAUCAGUCCAGUUUUCUAAAUACAUAUUCUCUUUAAACUUUACUUAUAGAGCAACCAUCAUCAGUCCAGUUUUCUAAAUACUUAUUCUCUUUAAUCUUUACUUCUAAAGUAACCAUCAGUCCAGUUUUCUAAAAUCUAUCUCACCGUUGUCAGCACUACAAUCUCUUCAAUUAGUAUUAUUAUCACUUAUCACUCGAUCUUAACUUUAACAAUCCUAAUGUUUGUAAAUCAACCCGGCCAAUUAAUAUAGUUUCAGCAGGCUGCUUUUGCUAACUGCAGGGCGCAUAAUUUGUCAAAGGAGGGGGGGGGGGGGUUAAACAUCCUUGGGGCUGGUAACGAUGGUUUUCAGUUAUCAAGGGGGGGGGGGGCUUAUCCCCAAAAGCCCCUCGUAUACGCCCCUGUUUGCACAACAGUAUGAAGUAUGUUCCAAAGAAAAAUGAGACUAUAGAAAGACAAAACAAAUGAGGCCUAUAACUUUGUGGUAUAUUUUUCAUUAAUUUUGACCUUUUUCAUAAUUUAGAUUGUAAGCCCCCCCCCCCCUGUAAUAAGUGCAAAAUGUGUUAUUCAAUUAAAAAUACUUAUAAUCUGAAGAUUUCAAACGUUUACUACUUUUUAAAGAAUAUUUUUGCCGUACUUGAAAAAUCAGACUACUUUUACUAUAUAUAACUAGGUCUUUUAAAGAAUAGAGUCAUGACUUUGAUACACACUUUACAUGAAGUAAACUGCACUUAAAAUUAAAAAAAACAUGCUAAUAAAAAUAUAUUAUUUUAGAAAAUAUCCAGCAAGGAAAUGAUUACUCGCCACAAACUCUAAUUUUCUGAUCCAGUUGUAACCUAUGUCGAGACCUCUGAUAUUCUAAAAAAAAUGAUUUUUAUUCGAUCAAAUAGUGGACGAUUUAAACGUCUUGGACCAGAUUUAAUGAAUUGUGAGUCGUAGAACUAAUUCGAGACGGUUCAACUGCAGAUAUUUUUAUUUAAAUUUGAACCGAGGAUUCAAGAGUUAAGUCAGUGGUAGGUAGUUAAGCGACCUCUCUCCAAUUUAUUAAAAAGUUGCAGAGCUAGAGAAAAAGGGAUUUGAAAAUAUGAUUUUGUGGCAAAUAAUCAGUUCUUUUCUAUUUCCCCUUUAUAGUUCUAAACUUAUGAAUAGUUAUUUUCUACACGGUGUUUAUCAGUGCUGAAAAUAUUGUUUUUUAAUUGUUUAAUAAUAUUGUAACUUCUAUCGGAAAAAAAUAAAUGAUAAAU